AUGGCCGACACAAUGAUCCAUCCGGAUGAGCCUGAAGACGCUGGGACCAUCGAGCUUAAGGAUAACACCAUCAUAGUAGUUCUGGGUGCGUCGGGCGAUCUUGCAAAGAAGAAGACUUUCCCAGCUUUGUUCGGCUUGUACCGUAAUCGCUUCCUGCCUAAAGAUAUCAGAAUCGUCGGCUAUGCACGGACAAAGAUGGACCAUGAGGAAUACCUCAAGAGGGUCAAAUCACACAUCAAGGUGCCAACCAAGGAGAUGGAGGAGCAACUCGAAGAAUUCUGCAAGAUAUGUACAUAUGUCUCUGGUCAAUAUGACCAGGACGAACCGUUCAAAGUACUGAACGAACAUCUGGAGGGGAUCGAGAAGGGUCGAGAGGAGCAAAACCGCGUGUUCUAUAUGGCGCUCCCGCCUAGCGUCUUCAUCACAGUCUCACAACACCUCAAGCGGAAUUGCUACCCCAAAAGAGGAAUAUCACGAAUCGUCGUGGAGAAGCCGUUCGGCAAGGAUCUGGGUAGCUCACGAGAGCUUCAGAAGGCCCUUGAGCCAGACUGGAAAGAGGAGGAGAUCUUCCGUAUCGAUCAUUACUUGGGGAAAGAGAUGGUGAAGAACAUUCUGAUUCUCCGAUUCGGAAAUGAAUUCUUUGGGGCUACCUGGAAUCGCAAUCACAUUGACAAUGUUCAGAUAUCUUUCAAAGAGCCGUUCGGUACCGAAGGCAGAGGAGGCUACUUUGACGAAUUCGGCAUCAUUCGGGAUGUUAUGCAGAACCAUUUGCUGCAGGUGCUCACUUUGCUUGCUAUGGAGAGGCCAAUUUCAUUCUCGUCAGAAGACAUUCGUGACGAAAAAGUCCGAGUCCUCCGAGGCAUCCCGAACAUAGAGCCAAAGAACGUGAUAAUUGGCCAAUAUGGCAAGUCUUUGGACGGUAACAAGCCCUCGUACAAGGAAGACGACACGGUGCCCAAGGAAUCGCGAUGCCCUACAUUCUGUGCCAUGGUUGCGUACAUUAAAAAUGAGAGAUGGGAUGGUGUCCCCUUCAUACUCAAGGCCGGCAAGGCUCUCAACGAGCAAAAGACAGAGAUCCGUAUCCAAUUCAAAGACGUCACUUCGGGUAUCUUCAAAGAUAUCCCACGAAACGAGCUUGUCAUUCGAGUGCAGCCAAACGAAUCGGUGUACAUCAAGAUGAACUCCAAGUUGCCUGGUCUGAGCAUGCAAACCGUUGCAACGGAGCUUGACCUAACCUACCGCCGCCGUUUCUCUGACCUUAAGAUCCCCGAGGCUUACGAGUCUUUGAUUCUUGAUGCGCUCAAAGGCGAUCACUCCAACUUUGUCCGUGACGACGAGCUAGAUGCUAGCUGGAGAGUUUUUUCGCCUUUGUUGCACUAUCUGGACGGGAACACAGAAAUCACUCCUAUGGAGUAUCCCUAUGGCUCACGCGGUCCAGCCGUUCUGGACGAUUUCACAUCUUCUUACGGAUACAAAUUUUCCGAUCCAGCCGGCUAUCAGUGGGGUGGAGCUCAAAAUGAAGCCAACAAGCUGUGA